AUGGAAAAGAACAAUACAACGUCAUGGACAGAAUUUAUUCUCUUGGGGUUUUUAAGCCAGACAAAAGCCCCUGCUGCUGUUUUGAGUCUGCUGAUCUUUAUGUUCCUUAUGGUGCUCUCUGAAAACUGCCUCCUUCUCUACCUUAUUAAAGUAGACUCCGGUCUUCAGUCCCCAAUGUAUUUUUUUCUUAGUCAGUUGUCCAUUAUGGAUAUCUGCCAAACUCUCGCCAUUGGCCCAAAAAUGACUGCCAAUUUUUUAAUGAAGAGGAAUGUAAUUACCCUGACAGGAUGUUCAAUUCAACUGUUUUUCAUAGUAUCAAUGGCUGGUGCAGAAUUCUUUCUCCUGGGAGUGAUGUCUUAUGAUCGAUAUGUGGCCAUAUGCAAGCCUUUGCUAUCUCCAGUUCUCAUGAGGAGGAAUAUCUGCCUGUCUCUGACAGCAGGAGUUUGGUGUGGUGCUUCUUUAAAUGCCUUGGUGCCUGCUGUUUAUGUGCUGCUGCAACCCUACUGUGGCUCAAAUGUGAUUGAACAUAUCUUUUGUGAGUUGCCAUCAAUGCUGAGGUUGUCGUGUUCUGACACGUCUGCCUUUCAAAGAGUGGCAUUCUUUAUUAGUGUAGAGCUGCUUCUCCCCCCUUUGUCAACCAUUCUAGUUUCAUACACUUGUAUCCUCAUUACAGUCCUGAGAUCAGCUGGAAAGAGCCAUAAAGCACUGGGUACUUGCUUUUCCCAUUUGUUAGUGGUGGGACUCUUCUAUGGGGCAGCCAUAUUCAAAUAUCUGAGACCCAUGUCUUAUCGAACACCAUUUCAAGAUGAUAUGGUCUCAUUAUUUUGUACCAUUGUCACUCCCACGUUAAACCCACUCAUCUACAGCCUAAGGAAUCGAGAUGUUCUAGAAGCACUGAAAAAAUUACUCAGGAAACAUACAAUUGGUUUAUGA